AUGGCGGAGUCCGACUUCCUCCUCCCCGUGGACUCGGAGCACAAGGCGUGCAUCUUCCGGCCCUACUUCUUCACUGGCGUGCACAUGAGGGCCUUCCACGCCUCGUGGAUGUCCUUCUUCACGUCCUUUCUGUCCACGUUCGCACCGGCCGCCCUGGCGCCCGUGCUCCGCGAGGACCUCAACCUCAACAAGGAGGACCUGACCAACGCAGGGAUCGCCGCCGUGACGGGCACGAUCGCCGCCCGCAUCGCCAUGGGCACCGUGUGCGACACCGUGGGCCCGCGCUUCGGCCAUGCCUUCCUCAUGCUCCUCAGCGCCCCGGCCGUCUUCAGCAUGGCGCUGGUGACCAACCCUGCGGGCUACAUCGCCUGCCGGUUCGUGAUCGGCCUGUCGCUGGCCACCUUCGUGGCCUGCCAGUUCUGGUCGUCCGUCAUGUUCAACGUCAAGAUCGUCGGCACCGUGAACGCCACAGGCGCCGGCUGGGGCAACCUGGGCGGAGGCGUGACCCAGAUCGUGAUGCCACUGAUCUUCGCCGCUAUCAAGACGAGCCAGGAGCCCUUCACGGCGUGGCGCUACGCCUUCUUCGUCCCCGGGUGCAUGCACAUUAUGGUGGGCACGCUGAUCCUGACGGUGACCCAGGACCUGCCUGACGGCACCUACUCCGCGCUGCGCAAGAAGGGCGCCAUGAACAAGGUGGACAACAAGGUGUUCUGGAUCGGCGCGAAGAACUACAGGAUGUGGGUGCUGACAAUCACCUACGGCUACUGCUUUGGCGUGGAGCUGACGAUGAACAACAUCGUGGUGCAGUACUUCUUCGACCAGUUCGACCUGUCGCUCAGCCUGUCCGGCCUGCUGGGGUCCAUGUUCGGGCUAAUGAACAUCUUUGCGAGGUCCAUCGGAGGGCUGACGUCCGACUGGGCGGCCAAGAGGUGGGGCAUGCGCGGCAGGCUGUGGGCGCUGUGGCUGCUACAGACCGCGGAGGGUGGCCUGGCGGUGGUGAUGGGCCUCAUGCACAACUCACUGGGCGCCACCAUCGUCACCAUGGUCCUCUUCAGCACCUUUGUGCAGUCGGCGGAGGGCGCCAGCUACGGCGUGGUGCCAUUCGUCUCCAAGAGGGCACUGGGUAUUGUGUCGGGUUUCGUCGGUGCUGGCGGCAACGCUGGGUCAUCGGUCACUCAGGCCAUCUUUUUCAAGGACUCCGAGCUGGAGACCUAUGAGGGCAUCUCCUUCAUGGGUGUGAUGGUCAUCGGCGUAACGCUGCUUGUGUGGCUCGUCUACUUCCCCAUGUGGGGUGGCAUGUUCUGCGGCCCCAAGGAGGGCUUCACAGAGGAGGACUACUACCUCGGCGAGUACACCAAGGAAGAGAUCGCUGCGGGCAUGGCCAACGCCUCUGCCAAGUUUGCUGCAGAGUCGCGUUCCCAGCGGGGUCUGAAGGCUCUGGCCACUGCUGAAGAAAAGCCAGGCAAGGAAGUGGAUGACACUGCCCACGCCGCAGCUGUGGAGGGCAAGGUCUAA